AUGGAGAAUUCCGUUCACCCCGAAGAAUGGACAGGAACAUUACAGGAGGACUUCUCUCUAUCUUCUCAUCACGUGAUUAACUUUUCCACCGCCCUCUACCAUCCUUGGGGUAGCCAGGGCGGAAGUGCCACGGCAGCCAUUUUGUACACCAUAUGGAUUUCUGCGUCAAAUAUAUUUCUCAUUUUUCUUCUGAUCACCAAUGUUAAACUUCUCAACAGUCGACAAAACAUAGUCAUUCUUCACAAUGCCGUGUCCGACCUGACCGUUGGUGUCUUCUACUGCCCUCUGACUGCGGAUUUCUUCGUUCGAGGCUUCUGGGUCCAUGGCUGCGGCAGCUUUUUUGUGUGGUUCACCUUUGCCUUCCCGCUGUCGUUCCUGGCCACACAUUCCAUCCUGCUGAUUCUGGUGAUGAGGAUUCUCCCAGUUAUCUUCAG